AGAUACAGAAUUACACACCGGACUCGUCAUCGCCUCCUAGCGGCGCGGCUGCGGCGCUGCAAUCCAGCCUCUCCGUGUUUUGAUGCCGCUGGUUCACAAAAGAAGGCAAGAUGUGGUCCUUCUUUUCCCGGGAUCCCGUUAAAGAUUUCCAGUACGAGAUCCUGCCGGAUGGCCAGGAGACGUCCGGGAUAUGGAGCCUUCACCGGGGGAAGAGAAAGGUCUCGGGAGAGCCCGUCUCGGUGUUUGUGUUCGAGGUGAAGCCCGGCUCGGAGGAGCACACUCCGGUGGCGAAGGCGGCGCUCAAGAGGCUGAAGACACUUCGGCACCCGAACAUCCUGUCAUACGUGGACGGGCUGGAGACAGACAAGGCCCUGUACAUCGUGACGGAGCCCGUCACCCCCCUCGGCACACACCUGAACUCACUCUCGGAGGCGGGGGGGCGCAGCGAGCUGCAGAUCUCCUGGGGGCUGCACCAGAUUGUGAAAGCUCUGAGUUUCGUGAUCAACGACUGUCGCCUGAUCCACGGCGACGUGGGGCUGUGGUCCGUGUUCGUGGACCGGGCGGGGGAGUGGAAGCUGGGGGGGCUCGAGUACAUGUUCUCCGCAGAGGGGGACGGGGGACCCCCGCAACGCAAGGGAGCCCCAGAACUGGAGAAGUACGAGCCCCCGGAGAACUCGGAGCGAAGUAAAAACACAGGGGAGAAAUGGGCGGCUGAUGUGUGGCGGCUGGGCUGCCUGAUCUGGGAGGUGUUUAAUGGGACACUGCCUCGCGCUUCCUCCCUUCGGACCCUGGGCAAGAUCCCGAAGCCGCUGGUCCCUCAUUACUGCGAGCUGGUCGGAGCGAACCCGAAGCUGCGGCCCAACCCGGCCCGCUUCCUGCUGAGCUGCCGCGGUCCGGGCGGCUUCAUGAGCAACAGCUUUGUGGAGACGAACCUCUUCCUGGAGGAGAUCCAGAUCAAGGACCCCUCAGAGAAGCAGAAGUUUUUCCAGGAGUUGAGCGAGGAUCUCGACUCGUUCCCGGAGGAUUUCUGCCGGCACAAGGUCCUGCCGCAGCUCCUCACGGCCUUCGAAUUCGGGAACGCCGGCGCGGUCAUCCUCACGCCGCUGUUCAAGGUGGGUAAGUUCCUCAGUGUGGAGGAGUACCAGCAGAAGAUCAUUCCUGUCAUUGUGAAGAUGUUCUCGUCCCCGGACCGGGCCAUGAGGAUCCGGCUGCUGCAGCAGAUGGAGCAGUUCAUCCAGUAUCUGAACGAGUCAGCUGUAAACUUGCAGGUCUUCCCCCAUGUGGUGCACGGCUUCCUGGACUCCAAUCCAGCCAUCCGGGAGCAGACAGUCAAGUCCAUGCUGCUCCUGGCCCCCAAGCUGAACGAGCACAACCUCAACGUGGAGCUGAUGAAGCACUUUGCCCGGCUGCAAGCCAAGGAUGAGCAGGGUCCAAUCCGGUGCAACACCACGGUGUGCCUGGGCAAGAUCGCCCCCUACCUCAACGCAGGGACUCGGCAGCGGGUGUUGACCUCCGCGUUCGCCCGCGCCACCAAAGACCCGUUCAGCCCCUCGCGGGCGGCCGGGGUGCUGGGCUUCGCCGCGACGCAUCACUACUACUCGCUGAACGAGAGCGCCGGACGCAUCCUCCCUGUCCUGAGCACCCUGACCAUCGACCCGGACCGGAGCGUCCGAGACCAGGCGUUUAAAGCUAUCAAGAGUUUCCUCAGUAAGCUGGAGAUGGUGUCCGAAGAUCCCUCCAAACAGGCAGAAAUUGAGAAGGACGUCCUGUCCUCUGCUUCCUCCCCUGGCGGGGCUGCAGCGAGCUGGGCAGGCUGGGCAGUGACGGGGGUCUCCUCCCUCACCUCCAAACUGAUCCGCACCGCCCCGGGGGGGGAGGGAGGCGCCCCGACACCAGCAGAGACCCCAGCGUCCCCCGCAGAGCACACCGACACUAAUGCAGGUUCAGAGGUCAGUAAAGCGGACUCCCCACCUCGCCCCGCCCCUGCGGCUCUCGCUGACCAAUGGGACGAAGGCAGGGGUGAGGAGGAAGAGGAAGAGGAGGAGCCUGUGAGUGACCGCUGGGAGGAGGAAGAUUGGGGCAGUCUGGAGGAACCUGACCAAUCGAAAGGGCAGCCGGACCAAUAUGACUGGAACUCCUCUGAUUGGUCCGCGGUCCCGUCAAUCGCGAAGAAGGCCAAUGACAAAGCGCAGGUGGGCGGAGCGUCGACGAGGAAGCCGAGCUCUGAUUGGAGCGGCUCCGGGUGGGGCGGGGACAGCAGCUGGUCCAGUGGGAAGGAGACAGCGGCCUCGGACCCCCCGCCCGAGGGAACCAAGCUGGCCAGCGAGUACGACUGGGACAGUGCGGGGGGGGGAGGCGUGCAGGAGGACCUCUUUACAGGGCUGUCCCAGAGAGCCAGCGCCCCAAACACGGUGAGGAGAGGGGGGGUGCAGGAGGACCUCUUUACAGGGCUGUCCCAGAGAGCCAGCACCCCAAACACGGUGAGGAGAGGGGGGGUGCAGGAGGACCUCUUUACAGGGCUGUCCCAGAGAGCCAGCGCCCCAAACACGGUGAGGAGAGGGGGGGUGCAGGAGGGCCUCUUUACAGGGCUGUCCCAGAGAGCCAGCGCCCCAAACACGGUGAGGAGAGGGGGGGUGCAGGAGGACCUCUUUACAGGGCUGUCCCAGAGAGCCAGCGCCCCAAACACGAGGGUUGAGGACUCGUGGGGGGGGGAUGCAGGAGGAGACUGGGGGGGAGACGAGAACUGGGAGGCUCUGGACGCAGAUCAGGGGCACGGCAGAGCGGAGCGCUCCAGGAAGAAGCGGGAGGAGAGGAAGAAGGAGCUGGAAGCCAAGCGAGCCGAGCGCAAGGCAGCCAAGGGGCCUCUGAAACUGGGGGCGCGCAAACUGGACUGAACCCCGAUCCCACACCCCGGUCCCGGCCCCAGACCAGCGAGCCGCGGCAAAGACAUUCCAACCCGCGUUCCCGGACCCUUUCCCAUCGCACCGAGUGUUUGAGACGGUCUGCGACGCGGUCGCCGUUCGCUUGGGUCCUUGGUUUUUGUUUUUACAGUAACGGGAUUUUUUUUAGACGGUGAACGAAUCAUUCAAAUAUUGUUUUUGCUCAGAAGCAAAUAUAGAACCCCAAACCGAGACUGCUGACUCCUUCAAUACAGCAUGAGCAGCACUGAAGCAGAGUCACUGAUCCUUACACACACACACACACACACUGACUGAUACACACACAGUGACUCACACACACUGACUGAUACACACGCGCUGACAUGCACGCACACACACACACACACUCUGACACACACACAGUGACACACACACACUGACAUGCACGCACACACACACACACACACGCACACACACAGUGACUCACACACACUGAUACACACGCACACUCUGACACACACACACUGACUGAUACACACACGCUGACACGCACGCACACACAUGCACGCACACACACACACGCUGACAUGCACGCACACACACACACGCUGACAUGCACACACACACGCUGACAUGCACGCACACACACACACGCUGACAUGCACGCACGCACACACACACACACACGCUGACAUGCACGCACGCACACACACACACACACGCUGACAUGCACGCACACACACACGCUGACAUGCACGCACACACACACGCUGACAUGCACGCACACACACACACUGACAUGCACGCACACACACACACACGCUGACAUGCACGCACGCACACACACACACACACGCUGACAUGCACGCACACACACGCUGACAUGCACGCACACACACACACACACGCUGACAUGCACACACACACACACGCUGACAUGCACGCACACACACACACACACGCUGACAUGCACACACACACACACGCUGACAUGCACGCACACACACACACGCACGCUGACAUGCACGCACACACACACACGCUGACAUGCACGCACACACACACACGCUGCUAGGAGACAUCGGCACGGCUGAUUUUGUUUUUUUCUUUGUUUUAAAAAAAAAAAAAAUCACAAACCCAACCCUAGCUGCGGUGUGCGUUCUUUGUUUUGUUUUUUAAACACCAAGAUGAAUUGUGUUCGUUUUAUUAUUCGGGAGCCUUAAGUUUUUACAAAUUUUUUUUUUUUUUUUUGGUAUUGUUUUAACGAGAGAGAGAGAGAGAGAGAGAGAGAGAGAGAGAGAGAGAGAGAGGAUUCCCUGGAGUUUCACUUGAUGGAUUUUUAGUGUGGAGUUCCCGGUCUGUAAGAGGAUGAGGGGAUGGAGAAGGAGGGAGGGAGUACCUUCACUGCUCUGACAGAUCCAUCACACGCCCCCCCCCACACCCGCGGAGAUUCCUGCUGUAUAUAAUCAGUGCAAUAAUAAUAAUAAAGUAUUUGAGAAUCGA